AGUGCUGAACAAAAGAUGAGCUGUCCAGUGCUGAAGAGGAGAGGAGUUGACCUGAAGACAAAUGAAGGAACCUGCAUGCCUCUCCUUCCCAAGGGACUCCUACAGACUUCCAGGACCCUCAGUAGAAGUCAGAAGCUGUUCCUGUUGCCCAUACAGCUCCCUCGAGUGUGUUCUGGCCUUCUCCGUCUCCCCGCGCCCAGCGCCUUCCCCAGAACCUCCUGGCCGUGGGGAGCAGGUCCUCUGCCUUGGGCGGGCCAGCAGUACCAGCCCCGUGUCUGCAGCUCUGCCCUCCCGGUGCCUCUGCGCAUUCGGUGUGCCAGGACCCUGUGCACAGCCUCCGAGAUGGCAGAGCAGCGCUACUGCGUGGAUUACGCCAAGCGCAGCACGGCCGGCUGCAAGAAGUGCAAGGAGAAGAUCCUGAAGGGGAUGGUGCGGAUCGGGAAGGUGGUGCCCAACCCGUUCACGGAGUCCAGCAGGGACAUGAAGGAGUGGUACCACGUCAAGUGCAUGUUUGAGAAGCUGGAGAAGGCCCGGGCCACAACCAAGAAGAUCGAGGACCUCACGGACUUGGAGGGCUGGGAGGAGCUGCAGGAGGCUGAGAAGGAGCUGAUCAACCAGCAGAUCUCAGACCUAACUUCCAAAGCUGCGAGCACGCCCAAGAAGAAGGCCGUCGUCCAGGCGAAGAUCACUCCCAGCGGACAGAUCACCUCCCCCAAGAAAGUUCUGUCCGCUGCUUCCGACCCCUCACCCAAGAAAUUCUCAGGAUUUACAGCCAAGCCCGGGAGUGCCGAGGAAUCCAGCCCGAGCUCUUCCCACAAGCCGAGCUUGUCUGCUGAGAAGUGCGACCCCAAACAUAAGGACUGUCUGCUGCGGGAGUUCAGGAAACUCUGUGCCAUGGUGGCCGAUAAGUCCAGCUACAACGUGAAGACCCAGAUCAUCCAGGACUUUUGGCAGAAAGGGACCAGUGGAGAUGGCUUCCACGGAGACCUCUACCUGAUGGUGAAGCUGCUCUUGCCAGGGGUAAUCAAAAGCGUCUACAACCUGAACGACAAGCAGAUUGUCAAACUCUUCAGCAGGAUUUUUAACUGCAGCCAGGAGGACAUGGUUCGGGACAUGGAACAGGGGGACGUUUCGGAAACGGUGCAGCUCUUCUUUGAGAAGAGCAAAGCCUGCCCUCCCGCCACCAAGAGCCUCUUGACGAUCCAGGAGGUGGACGAGUUCCUAACGCGACUCUCCAAGCUCUCCAAAGAGGAUUACCAGCAGAACUUGCUCCAGGAAGUGGCGAACAGGUGCACAGCCAACGACCUGAAAUGCAUCAUCAGGUUGAUCAAGCACGACUUGAAGAUGAAUGCGGGUGCAAAGCACGUCCUCGAUGCCCUGGACCCCAAUGCUUAUGAGGCCUUCAAAGCUUCCCGCAACCUCCACGACGUGGUGGAGCGGGUCUUGCUGAACCAACAGGAGUUGCAGAAGGUUCCCGGCAUGAAAAGGACACUCAGCGUGCAGGCGACACUGAUGACCCCCAUCCAGCCCAUGCUGGCCGAAGCCUGCAAGUCCAUUGACUAUGCUAUGAAGAAGUGUCCCAACGGGAUGUACUCGGAGAUCAAAUACGACGGGGAGCGAGUUCAGGUGCACAAGAAGGGUGACCACUUCAGCUACUUCAGCCACAGCCUGAAGCCCGUCCUUCCGCACAAGGUGGCCCAUUUUAAGGACUUCAUCCCCAAGGCCUUCCCCGGUGGACACAGCAUGAUUCUGGACGCCGAAGUCCUUCUGAUCGACACCAAGACGGGGAAGCCAUUGCCUUUUGGGACUCUUGGGGUGCAUAAGAAAGCUGCUUUCCAGGACGCCAACGUCUGUCUCUUCGUCUUCGACUGCAUCUACUUCAAUGACGUCAGCCUGAUGGACAGGCCUCUGCGGGAGCGUCGGAAAUUUCUCCACGACAACAUGGCGGAAAUCCCGAACCGGAUCCUCUUCUCGGAGAUGAAGCACGUCACGAAAAUGUGAUGAUUCUGUUUUGACGCACUGGAUGAAGGCAAGCGUGACUCAUUUCCUAAAGACUUUGGGUCCUGCCCAAGUCGUGGAUUGUGGUGUUAGGAAGCUGCCAUAUACCGAGAUCCCAGUAAAAUUCCAGGCUGGCUGAAGAUUAAUAAGAACUACUAUCCUGACUUCAUUGUUCCAGAUCCAAAGGAGGCGCCGGUCUGGGAGAUCACGGGCGCGGAGUUCUCCAAAGCGGAGGCCCACACGGCCAACGGGAUAUCCAUCCGCUUCCCCCGCUGCACCCGCAUCCGGGAUGACAAGGACUGGAGCACGGCCACCACCCUCCCGCAGC